AUGUUACGUCCAUAUACACACCUACUGUACAAAAAGCUGUACGAUGUAAGAGGGUACAUCAUACCAGAGUUGACGGAGAACGACUAUAAAGGAUGUAGUGGGAAAAUGUGCGUUAUCGGAGGAAGUGAAAUAUAUAGCGGAGCUCCGUUUUUAGCUGCCAUGAGUACAUUAAAAUUAGGGGCAGACUUGUGCUUUGUUAUAACAGCGAAAGAGAAUAGUAUUCCUUUAAAAUGCUAUAGCCCUGAAUUAAUUGUAUACCCUUACUUAUAUAACAAGAAAUCGGGCAUAAUAAAUAUCGAACACAGCGAUUUAAAAAAUUGUACUGAAUAUUUAAUGAAUAGAAUUGAUUGCUGUGUUAUUGGCCCAGGUCUAGGUACCAUUGAUGAAAUAAGUAAAGAAUGUCUGCUUUUUAUUAUAAAAAAAUUUAUACAAAAAAAUAUAUUUUUAAUUUUGGAUGCUGAUAUAAUAGAAUUUAUUAUUAUAAAUAAGGAUAUAUUUAGUCAAAUUAAAAAUUAUGAACAGUGCAUAUUUACACCAAAUAAAAAUGAAUUCAGAAAAAUGCUUUCCCAUUUAACUGAUCACAAAAAUAUAAAUUUCGAGCAACUCAGUUGUAAUCAAAUUAUUUCUUUUGCUCAUGAAAUAAUACAGAUAUUUAAUGGACCAAAAAUAUUAGUUAAAGGUUUUCAUGACAUAUUUAUUUCGAAAAGUUUUUAUUUCGUUUCAUUUAUUAAAAACCCUUCUUUAAAAAGGUUGGGGGGGCUUGGCGAUAUAAUGACUGGAUUAUUGGCUGUUUUUCAUGCCUGGGGAUCAAAAAAAAAAAAUAAAUUAUCACCCAUACUUAGCGAAGUUUUUAAUAUUGACACGGUGGGCAGUUACAAUGAAUGCUUAGAUGCGCUUUCCGCUUUUAAUGCGAGUUAUUUUCUCAAAGUUUUGUGCAAAGACGGUUUCAAUAAAUACCAUAGGGGGGCAUUAGCUUCUGAUAUUAUGAACAGUAUACCUCACCACUUUUACAAUAUCUACAGUUAG